ACACAGCAAUGGCACCCACACUGGCUAACCCCCCCCCCCCGCGCUGGUGGCCCAUCGCCGGCGCUGGUGGAUGGCGUCCACAGCCAUCAUUGAGAACCUGCUCUUCUCUGCUGUCCUGCUGGGCUGGGGCUCCCUCCUCAUCAUGCUGAAAGCAGAAGGGUUUUAUUCCUACCUGUGCUACGAGUCUGAGAACACCACCAGCAGCCCUGACCAGGAGAACAGCACAGAUCCAGAGCACAAAUGGCCUUCCUGCAAUGCUCAGGAUGAAAUGCUCAACUUGGCUUUCACCAUUGGGUCCUUCCUGCUCAGCGCAAUCACGCUGCCACUGGGAAUUGUCAUGGAUAAGUACGGACCUCGCAAGCUCCGGCUGCUUGGCAGUGCCUGCUUUGCCGUGUCCUGCGUGCUGAUCGCGUACGGUGCCAGUAACCCAGACUCUCUGUCUGUGCUGAUAUUCAUCGCGCUGGCUCUGAAUGGCUUUGGUGGGAUGUGUAUGACCUUCACAUCGCUUACGCUGCCCAACAUGUUCGGUGACCUUCGUUCCACGUUCAUCGCUCUGAUGAUUGGCUCCUAUGCUUCCUCUGCUGUGACUUUUCCAGGAAUCAAGGUUAUAUAUGACUUUGGGGUCUCCUUCAUCCUUAUUCUGCUGGUCUGGGCAAGCUGUGCAGGACUAGUUUUCCUCAACUGCUUCUUCAACUGGCCCCUGGAGCCUUUCCCAGGACCCGAAGACAUGGACUACUCGGUGAAAAUAAAGUUCAGCUGGCUGGGAUUUGACCACAAAAUCACUGGGAAACAGUUCUACAAGCAAGUGACGACUGUGGGGCGCCGCCUCAGCGUGGGGAGCUCCAUGAAGGGCCCCAAGGAGCCGACAGCCUUGCAGGAGAACAACAAGCUCUGCCUGUCCACGGUGGACCUGGAAGUGAAGUGCCAGCCUGACAAUGCAGCUUCUCCCUCCUUCAUGAAGAGUGUCUUCAGUCCUAUCUUGUUGCUCAGCCUUAUCACCAUGUGUGUCACUCAGCUGCGGCUCAUCUUCUACAUGGGAGCCAUGAAUACCAUCCUGGAGUUUCUGUCUGGAGAUAAAGAUCAAGUGGCUCUCUACACUUCCAUUUUUGGGGUACUGCAACUGCUGUGCUUGCUGACAGCGCCUGUGAUCGGCUACAUCAUGGACUGGCGCCUGAAAGAGUGCGAUGAUGGCUCAGAAGAGGCUGAGGAGAGCAGCGCUGAGCAAAGUGACAAGAGAAAGAAAAAGCGUGAUCGUCAGAUCCAGAAAAUCACCAAUGCCACCAAUGCCUUUGCAUUCACAAAUGUCCUCCUGGUUGGAUUUGGAAUCACCUGUCUUAUUCCCAAUCUGCCGCUGCAGAUCCUUUCCUUCAUUUUGCACACAAUUGUGAGAGGAUUCAUCCACUCAGCUGUGGGAGGCCUCUAUGCAGCUGUAUACCCCUCUACCCAGUUUGGCAGCUUGACAGGGUUGCAGUCGUUGAUCAGUGCCCUCUUCGCCCUUCUUCAGCAGCCUCUUUUUAUGGCAUUGACAGGACCUUUGGAAGGAGACCCUCUCUGGGUGAAUGUUGGCUUGCUUGGUGUGAGCUUCCUGGGCUUCUGCCUUCCAAUCUACCUGGUCUGCUACAGGCGCAGGCUAGAGAGAGAAAAAAAGCAGAAGGUGGAGGAUGCCAAACUCUUCUUCAAAAUCAACGGCACUCCCAAUGAGGAAGCCUUUGUUUAAGCUCGUGCUUCAAAUACAACCUCCCCUGUACAGGUUCCUACCACAUCCGUGGGUUCUACCUGUGGUGUAAGCCAGGCUUUUCCUCCCCUGGCUCUGCCAGUCUUUGCUCAUUGCUGGAGUGAGGGCUGGACAUCAUGACUGAGCUUCCCUCAGAUACAUGGCAGGAGGAGACUUCCCACUCCUUACUCCACAACACAGGACACUUUUCCUUUUUAUAAAGGCCACGCAGAUAUUGUGUCUUAAAUUAUCCCCUGAUCACACUCUCCAGUGGCAGAGCCUCUGCACGGGAAACUGGGGAGAGAAGGAAUGGAGGGAUGGGGGAAGAGGGAAGAAAGAUCGUAACUUGUGUUUGCAGAUGUAACACACUGAAAUCUAUUUUCUCCCCCUCUUCCUCCAACCUUGGCUGACAUUGUCUCUGAUGCAAGCUGCACGCUCCUCCCUCCCUGAGGCUUCAUAAUGGUCUUUCUGCUUAAUAUGUAGUUGGACCCAGUGGUUUUACUGUCUAUCCAGAUGUACCCUGGACUGUUCCCGAGGCAGGGAAGGGGAUUUUAUUCCUACGUGUAUGAGCACAGCUUCAGUGUAUUGCUAAAUGUUGGCUGCUAGCACUGACAGCUCCCAAACCUUUUAUUACUGCAAAUGACACAGACUGUGAGCAAUGGAUCUGCCUUUCACACUGAAAUGAAGAGCCUAGUGGACUGCUUGGUUCUAGACCAAGCCUUCAAAGGCCUGGGAUUCCUCCUUUUCCUGGCCUACAACCACCUAUAUGUGUUUUAAACUGUCUGCAGUCCUGGAACCUUUGAGAUAGGAAUUGGAUCUCGUUUACUGAUGAAGUGCUUUGGGACUUGUUUCCUUUCGCCUCUUCUUCCCUCCAGUGUGACCCUGGGAGGGGAGCAGCAGCAUGUACUUAAGGUGGAAAAGCUUCUUGAAGCUGAGUUCUGGGGCUCCAAAUACCUUGGUGUUCCCAUGUUGUGAGCUGACUUGCUGUUGAAAAGAACCGACGAGUGCAGAACACUCCUUUGUGUCUGGUAACUGGAUCCUGUGGACAUAUGGGUGAUGUGGUGAAGCGAUUCUUCCUCCAGCCAUAGCUUAUUUACACCAUUCUGAUAACAGCCCCCAAGCUGCUGAACACCAGGUUACUGUGACUGACCAAAAAGCUGCUGGUUUGGCUGUAUUAAGAGCCUUCUAUGACAUUGAUGCUCUGUCUGGACAGAGUCCAUGGUGAUUGAUUGUAUGCUGAAGCUGACUUAGAGCAAUACGUGUGGGUAAAGGUGCCCCAGGUCUGUUCACCAUGGA